GGAAGCGAGAUGUACGGGCUGCUGUGCGAGAGCCUGCACGACUUCAUCAAGGAGUCGUAUGGGGACGACGUGUGGAAGCUGGUGCGCGAGCGCGCCGACGUGCGCCUCCACUCUUUCGUCACGCACCAGGUCUACAGUGAGAGCGUGAUCCCCAGGAUUGCCAAAGCUGCCAGUGGGGUGACAGGGACGCCCUACAAUGAGCUCAUGAACUCCUGGGGCGUCUACUUCCUGGGCUUCGUGGGGAAGUACGGCUAUGACAGAAUCCUAAAGGUGCUGGGUCGGCAUGUGCGUGACUUCGUAAAUGGUUUGGACAACCUCCACGAGUACCUGCGCUUCAGCUACCCCAAAGUGCAGCCUCCCACCUUCUUCUGUCAGGAGGAGUCGGCCACAGGGGUCACCCUGCACUACAGGAGCAAAAGAAAGGGCUACCUUCACUACGCCAUGGGCCAGCUGAGGCAGAUGGGCAAGCAGUUCUACGACACAGACAUCCACGUGGAGGUGCUGUCCGAACAGCUGGUGGGAGACUACUCCCACGUCACCAUGAGGUUGAACUUUGACAACUCUGCCUACCGUUACAUCAUGAAAGAAGACGAGGAAGAGCAUGAGAUUUUACCCAUAACCAGCGAUUUCUUUUUUGAUGUGUUCCCCUUCAACAUUGUUUUCAGACAGGACAUGGUGGUGCACAACGUGGGCUCUGGCCUGGCCACAGUCUUCCCCGACCUGGAUGGAAAGAAGAUCACCGAUGCCUUCCUGCUGGCACGCCCCCUAGUGGAGUUUACCUGGAACAUGAUCAUCUCUCAUCCAAACAACCUGUUUGAGAUCAUGUCCAAAGAGCCGGUGAAGAGAGAGAGAAACCUCCACAACCGCGUUCAGACUGAUGUGGAUGUGGAGCUCAUGGCCUUCCAGUCCAUCAUCGGUGACGACUACAAAGAUGGGAAUAGUGCGAACGCCAUGGAAAGCUGGGGAGAUGGCAGUCGCUGCCUCAGACUGAAGGGCCAGAUGAGAUACAUGCCCGAGUGGGAGUCCAUCAUCUUCCUCGGCACACCUGUGAUGGAGAGCCUGAGUGCCAUGUUUAAGACAGGACUGUACAUCAAUGACCUGAGCAUGCACGACUCCAGCAGAGACCUGGUGCUGGCAGGCACACAGCAGUCCGAGGAGCUCAAGAGAGCUCUCAUUCAGGAGCAAAAGAAGUCCAGUAAGCUGGAGGAGAGCAUGAAGAUGCUGGACUACGAAAUGAAGAAGACAGAUGACCUUCUCUACAGGAUGAUCCCUAAGCCUGUGGCCAAGAGACUGCGCAAAGGAGAGCCGGCCGUCAACACCUGUGAGGUGUUUCCUGACGUGACCAUCCUGUUCAGCGACGUGGUGGGCUUCACACGCAUCUGCAGCCACAUCACACCCAUGCAGGUGGUGUCCAUGCUCAACACCAUGUACACGCUCUUCGACACACUCAGCGAGAAGCACCGUGUCUUCAAGGUUGAGACUAUUGGUGAUGCUUACAUGGUUGUAGCUGGGGCCCCUGAGAAGACCAAGUACCACGCCCACAACAUCUGUGACAUGGCCCUGGACAUGGUGCGCUCCAUCGACCACCUGAAGGACCCGUCCAAUGGAAACAACAUACAGAUCAGAGUGGGCAUCCACUCUGGGAUGGUGGUGGCUGGUGUUGUUGGUCAUAAGAUGCCGCGGUAUGGUCUCCAUGGCGAUACGGUUCACACAGCGUCUGCUAUGGAGAGUAAUGGAAAGGAGAUGCACAUCCAGCUGAGCAGCGCCACCUAUGAGCACCUCAAGGGCAGCCACUUCAUCUUCGAGAGGCGUGGCAUCAUCACCAUCAAGGGCAAUGUGGAGAUCGAGACGUACUGGCUGAAGGGGAAAAGAGACAAAGACGGUAAUGCACAGGCAGCCUGCCCCCAGUUUGAGACACAGACCAUCAGCAAGGCCACCAUCUCCGCCUCAGAUCCUCCCAUCAGCGAGGAGGUGCUGGUUUUCCCCUCCGUGGCCGGCAAGGACGAGGAGGACGUCAAGUCCAUUCGCUCGCACCGCAUCAAAAUGGAAGCCUCUGGAAACUCCCUGGAGGAGUCCAUGGAGGAGUGCAGGGUGGAGGAGAUGUCAAUGAGUAAGUCUCAUUACAAAGAUGCGCUUCAGGACGGCAGUCAGCAAGACCCUCGCAUCGAGCUCGACUCCCCUGACUUCGACGGGAGGAAUUCCCUCUUGGAGUCUCCCGACGGUUCGUGUGACUCCUGCAGCUCGGAGAAGAGUGCCAUGUGUACAGUAUCAUGAGCCUGCAGACCUGCGCUCCAUUUGAAGCUAACGCCACGCAUCUUUAGUGCACAGC